GGCGCUGCGGCGCAUCCUCCCGGGCCGGUUAGAGUUCGGUUGAGAAGGUGCUGGAUGGUGUGGGAGUACCACUGAUGAGAGAGCGGCCGAAGGAGGGGAACGCUUCAGGACGCGCCAAAGGAACAGCAGGUUUAUUCACUGGAAACUGAGCAGCGACGCCAGGGCAGAGUAAAUCCAUCUUCUGCGUGUGGCGCCCCAGAUUGCCGUGCUUCUGGUUUUCCCAGCAGCCAUGCCACAGAGGAGCGGGCAGGAUGACCCGGAGCGGUACCUCUUCGUGGACCGUGCCGUUGUGUACAACCCGGCGGCGCAGGCCGACUGGACCGCCAAGAGGCUGGUGUGGAUCCCCUCGGAGCGCCACGGCUUCGAGGCGGCGAGCAUCCGCGAGGAGCGCGGGGACGAGGUGGUGGUGGAGCUCGCCGAGAACGGAAAGAAGGCGGUGGUCAACAAGGACGACAUCCAGAAAAUGAACCCGCCCAAGUUUACCAAGGUGGAGGACAUGGCUGAGCUCACCUGCUUGAACGAGGCGUCGGUGCUUCACAAUCUCAAGGACCGAUACUACUCGGGGCUCAUCUAUACCUACUCUGGCCUCUUCUGUGUGGUCAUCAAUCCCUACAAAAACCUGCCCAUCUACUCGGAGAACAUCAUAGAGAUGUAUCGCGGCAAAAAGAGGCACGAAAUGCCCCCUCACAUAUACGCCAUCUCGGAGUCCGCAUACAGGUGCAUGCUUCAAGAUCGAGAGGACCAGUCCAUUCUUUGCACAGGCGAGUCAGGAGCUGGUAAGACCGAAAACACAAAGAAGGUCAUCCAGUACCUGGCGCACGUUGCUUCCUCCCACAAAGGAAGACGAGACCACAACAUUCCUCCUGAAUCCCCCAAACCAGUGAAACUACAGGCCCAAAAUGCAGUUAGUGGACCCCUGUUUUAUGGUGAACUGGAACGGCAGCUUCUUCAGGCCAACCCCAUCCUCGAGUCCUUUGGAAAUGCAAAGACUGUGAAAAACGACAACUCGUCCCGUUUUGGCAAAUUCAUUCGGAUCAACUUUGACGUUGCCGGUUACAUCGUGGGGGCCAACAUUGAAACCUACUUGCUGGAGAAAUCCAGAGCGAUCCGUCAAGCCAAAGAUGAGCGCACCUUCCACGUCUUUUACCAGCUGCUGGUGGGAGCUGGCGAGCACCUCAGAUCUGAUCUGUUGUUGGAGGGCUUCAAUAACUACAGAUUCCUGUCGAAUGGUAACAUCCCAAUUCCAGGCCAACAGGACAAGGACAACUUCCAUGAAACCAUGGAGGCCAUGCACAUCAUGAGCUUCGCACAUGAAGAGAUUCUGGCCAUGUUGAGGGUGGUGUCUUCGGUGCUGCAGUUUGGCAACAUCAUCUUCAAGAAGGAGAGGAACACAGACCAGGCCUCCAUGCCUGAUAAUACUGCUGCUCAGAAGCUGUGCCAUCUGCUGGGCAUGAAUGUGAUGGAGUUUACCAGAGCCAUCCUGACGCCUAGAAUCAAAGUGGGCAGAGACUAUGUGCAGAAAGCCCAGACCAAGGAGCAGGCUGACUUUGCUGUGGAGGCCCUGGCCAAGGCCACGUAUGAGCGUCUGUUCCGCUGGUUGGUUCAUCGUAUUAAUAAAGCUCUGGACAGAACCAAACGACAGGGCGCCUCCUUCAUUGGCAUUUUGGACAUAGCUGGGUUUGAAAUUUUCCAGCUGAACUCCUUCGAGCAGCUCUGCAUCAACUACACCAACGAGAAGCUGCAGCAGCUCUUCAACCACACCAUGUUCAUCCUGGAGCAGGAGGAGUACCAGAGGGAGGGCAUCGAGUGGAGCUUCAUCGACUUCGGCUUGGACCUGCAGCCCUGCAUUGACCUCAUCGAGAGGCCGGCGAACCCUCCAGGAGUGUUGGCUCUGUUGGACGAGGAGUGCUGGUUCCCUAAGGCCACGGACAAGACCUUUGUAGACAAACUGAUCCAGGAGCAGGGAACUCACAGCAAGUUUCAGAGACCCCGUCAGCUGAAGGACAAGGCGGACUUCUGCAUCAUCCACUACGCUGGCAGGGUUGACUACAAGGCUGACGAGUGGCUAAUGAAGAACAUGGACCCUCUUAAUGACAACGUAGCAACACUUCUUCAUCAGUCAACAGACAAAUUUGUGGCUGAACUGUGGAAAGAUGUGGACCGAAUCGUGGGCCUGGACCAGGUCGCAGGGAUGAACGAAACGGCGUUCGGUGCCACCUACAAGACCAAGAAGGGCAUGUUUCGUACAGUGGGGCAGCUCUACAAAGAGUCGCUCACCAAGCUCAUGGCCACACUGAGGAACACCAACCCCAACUUCGUCCGCUGCAUCAUCCCCAACCAUGAGAAACGAGCCGGCAAACUGGAGCCACACUUGGUUCUGGACCAGCUGAGGUGUAACGGCGUCUUGGAGGGAAUUCGCAUCUGCAGACAGGGCUUCCCCAACCGCAUCGUCUUCCAGGAGUUCAGACAGCGAUAUGAGAUUCUUACGCCCAACGCCAUCCCAAAGGGGUUCAUGGAUGGGAAACAAGCCUGUGAGAGAAUGAUUCAAGCUCUAGAGCUGGACCCCAACCUCUUCCGUAUCGGUCAGAGUAAGAUCUUCUUCAGGACGGGUGUUCUGGCCCAUCUGGAGGAAGAGAGGGACCUGAAGAUCACCGACAUCAUCAUCUACUUCCAGUCCGUGUGCCGGGGAUACUUGGCUCGCAAAGCGUUCGCUAAGAAGCAGCAGCAGCUGAGCGCGCUGAAGGUCCUCCAGAGAAACUGUGCUGCUUAUCUCAAGCUGCGACACUGGCAGUGGUGGCGGCUCUUCACCAAGGUGAAGCCGCUGCUUCAGGUCACCAGGCAGGAGGAGGAGCUCCAAGCCAAAGACGAGGAGCUGGUGAAGGUGAAGGAGCGACAGGUGAAGGUGGAAAAUGAGCUGGUGGAGAUGGAACGGAAACACCAGCAGCUCGUUGAGGAGAAGAAUAUUCUAGCAGAGCAGCUCCACGCAGAGACAGAACUGUUUGCCGAGGCGGAGGAGAUGAGAGUUCGCCUCCUCUCCCGGAAGCAAGAACUGGAGGAGAUCCUUCAUGACCUGGAGUCCAGGGUGGAAGAGGAGGAGGAGAGGAACCAGAGCCUGCAGAACGAGAAGAAGAAGAUGCAGUCUCACAUCCAGGACCUGGAGGAGCAGCUGGAUGAGGAGGAAGCUGCCAGACAGAAGCUGCAGCUGGAUAAAGUGACGGCCGAGGCGAAGAUCAAGAAGAUGGAGGAGGACAUUCUGCUGCUGGAAGACCAAAAUUCAAAGUUUCUCAAGGAGAAGAAGCUGGUGGAGGACAGGAUUGCUGAGAUGACCUCCCAGCUGGCGGAGGAAGAGGAGAAGGCAAAGAAUCUUGGGAAAGUCAAAAACAAGCAGGAGAUGAUGAUGGUGGAUCUUGAGGAGCGCUUAAAAAAGGAAGAGAAAACGCGGCAGGAGCUGGAAAAGGCCAAACGCAAACUGGAUGCUGAGACCACCGACCUGCAGGAUCAGAUCGCAGAGCUUCAGGCGCAGAUCGAGGAGCUGAAGAUGCAGCUGAGUAAAAAGGAAGAGGAGCUGCAGGCUCUGCUGGCCAGGAGUGACGAGGAAGCAGCCCAGAAGAACAACGCCUUAAAGCAGGUCCGUGAGCUGCAGGCACAGCUGGCCGAGCUCCAGGAGGACCUGGAAUCGGAGAGAAUGUGUCGGAGCAAAGCCGAGAAACUGAAGCGGGAUCUGAGCGAGGAGCUGGAGGCGCUGAAGACGGAGCUGGAGGACACGCUGGACACCACGGCCGCCCAGCAGGAACUCAGGUCGAAGCGAGAGCAGGAGGUGGCGGAGCUGAAGAAAGCCAUCGAAGAAGAGUCCAAAAACCAUGAGGCCCAGAUCCAGGACAUGAGACAGAGGCACGGCCAGGUGCUGGAGGAGCUGUCCGACCAGCUGGAGCAGGCCAAGAGGUUCAAGGCCAACCUGGAGAAGAACAAGCAGUGUUUGGAGACGGACAACAAGGAGCUGGCCUGCGAGGUGAAGAGCCUGCAGCAGACCAAGACCGAGUCAGAGUACAAGAGGAAGAAAGUGGAGGCCCAGCUGCAGGAGUUCAUGGCUAGAGCCACGGAGAUGGAGCGGGCCAAAGGGGAGCUGACCGAGCGCUCCCUCAGACUGCAGACGGAGCUGGACAACACCUCUGCCUUACUGGAGGAGGCCGAGAAAAAGGGCGUCAAACUGGCCAAAGAGGUGGACAACCUGAGCAGCAGACUGCAGGACUCUGAGGAGUUGCUCCAGGAGGAGACGCGUCAGAAGCUCAAUCUGAGCGGCCAGAUCCGCCAGCUGGAGGCGGAGAGGAGCAACCUGCUGGAGCAGCAGGAGGAGGACGAGGAGGCGCGCCGCGGUCUGGAGAAGCAGCUGCAGACGGUGCAGGCUCAGCUGUUUGACACCAAGAAGAAGCUGGACGAGGAUGUGGGCGUUAUUGAGGGUCUGGAGGAGGCCAGGAGGAAACUCCUGAAGGACGUGGAGCUCAGCAACCAGCGCCUGGAGGAGAAGACCAUGGCCUUGGACAAGAUGGAGAAGACCAAGAACAGACUGCAGCAAGAGCUGGACGACCAGAUAGUGGACCUGGACCACCAGAGGCAGAUCGUCUCUAACCUGGAAAAGAAGCAGAAGAAGUUUGACCAGUUGCUGGCUGAGGAGAAGACCAUCUCGGCUCGCUAUGCUGAGGAGAGGGACCGGGCCGAGGCGGAGGCCCGGGAGAAGGAGACCAAGGCUCUGUCUCUGGCCAAAGCUCUGGAGGAGGCCUUGGAGAGCAAAGAGGAGCUGGAGAGGUUUAACAAGCAGCUCCGGGCUGAGAUGGAGGACCUGAUGAGCUCCAAAGAUGACGUGGGAAAGAACGUCCACGAGCUGGAGAAGUCCAAGCGGACCCUGGAGCAACAAGUGGCGGAGAUGAGGACUCAGCUGGAGGAGCUGGAGGACGAGCUGCAGGCCACAGAGGACGCCAAGCUGCGUCUGGAGGUCAACAUGCAGGCCAUGAAGGCUCAGUUUGACCGGGACCUGCAGUCAAAGGACGAGCAGGGAGAGGAGAUGAAGAGAGCGCUGGUCAAACAGGUUCGGGAGAUGGAGGCUGAGCUGGAGGAUGAGAGGAAGCAGAGGUCUCUGGCUGUUGCUGCCAAGAAGAAGCUGGAGGUGGACCUGAAUGAGCUGGAGGGUCAGAUUGAAGCCGCCAACAAAGGCCGGGAUGAAGCCAUCAAGCAGCUCAAAAAGCUCCAGGCUCAGAUGAAAGACUACCAGAGAGAGCUGGAGGAGGCGAGAGCCGCUAGAGACGAGAUCUUCACCCAGUCCAAGGAGAACGAGAAGAAAUUCAAGAACUUAGAGGCUGAGAUCCUGCAGCUUCACGAGGACUAUGCAGCGGCAGAGAGAGCCCGGCGACACGCGGAGCAGGAGAGGGACGAGCUGGCUGAUGAGAUCUCCAACAGUGCUGCUGGAAAGUCGUCGCUGCUGGAGGAGAAGAGGCGGCUGGAGGCCCGCAUUGCCCAGCUGGAGGAGGAGCUGGAGGAGGAGCAAGGCAACAUGGAGCUGCUCAACGACCGCUUCAGGAAGAGCAGCACGCAGGUGGACAGCCUGAACGCCGAGCUGGCUGCUGAACGCAGCACGGCGCAGAAGAGUGAGAACGCCCGGCAGCAGAUGGAGCGGCAAAACAAGGAGCUUAAAGCCAAGCUGGCCGAACUAGAGGGAGCGGUGAAGUCGAAGUUUAAGGCAUCCAUCGCUGCGCUGGAGGCCAAGAUCGUGCAGCUGGAGGAGCAGCUGGAGCAGGAAGCCAAGGAGCGAGCGGCAGCCAACAAAAUCGUCAGACGCACCGAGAAGAAGCUGAAGGAGGUGAUGAUGCAGGUGGAGGACGAGCGUCGCCACGCCGACCAGUUCAAGGAACAGAUGGAGAAGGCCAACUCUCGAAUGAAGCAGCUGAAGCGUCAGCUGGAGGAGGCAGAGGAAGAGGCGACGAGAGCCAACGCCUCCCGCAGGAAGCUGCAGAGGGAGCUGGACGACGCCACCGAGGCCAGCGAGGGCCUCACCAGAGAGGUCAACUCCCUGAAGAACCGGCUCAGGCGUGGCGGCCCGGUCAGCAGCUUCUCCUCCAACCGCUCAGGCCGCCGCAAUCUCAACCUGGACGGCGCGUCCGGGGACAUGUCUGACGACGACGCCGACAGCCGCUCCAACGACUUCAACGACACGCAAACUUUCAACGCCGAGUAAACACUUUUUAUCCAGCCCCCCCCCCCCCACCCAGUUCUCUUCUCCAACAUCCUCACCGUUCCCACAGCCCUAGUUUAAGUCUUUGAACCGUUGACCGCCCCCUGGAGCCGUUCUGGUCCACUCUGCCGUCUGAUCCGCUAACACUGCAGGAGGAAUCCUCUGGUCCCAGAGUCACAGGAGCAAACGGACACCUCUGCCUUACUCUGCCCCCCCGCUGGGUUGGGUCUAUCAGUCACGUCAUAUUGUAAACCCGCCUCAUCCCCUCCCAUCAGGCCUGAAGUUAUCGGCUCAGCUUAAUGACAACGUACACAUGAAGGUACAAAGUGCUUUUUUUAACAAGUUGAGCUGAGUGAGCGUUCACAUCAGCUGUGGAAAACCAGGACUAUAAGGAUCAGAUUUUCAUUUCUGGUACCGGACACACCCCCCCCUCCCCCCCCAGUGCUCAGUGCUCGCCUCUCUGAGGACGCUGCUUCAUGUCGGGCCGGUCCACCGUCUCGCACCGCAGGAACUUCUCGGGACUCGCAAUAGAAAAACAUGGAACCUGAAGUGGCGCGUAUGUUACUGUGAAAAAAUAAGUAGGUAUUUUAUUUACCUGUCGCUUCAUCUCAGCGUUAGAGAAGGAAGGUGUUGCUUGGGCUUAAAGCUCGUAGCCACUGUGCAGUGUCCGCCUCCAGGGAUGCCGGCCUCACGCUGGAAAAAGAUGCUGGAAAAAUGCACAGGACUGCACAGAACAUGUGAAAGCUGCAGAAAGAAAGGCCUAACUGGAAACGCACUGCGGUGCCGCUAAAUGGCUCAUUAACGCUUUCUAUGACGAUACACAUGCAUUUCACUGCUUGUGCUCGGCUUCACUUCGGUUUAUCAUUAAAUCUGAGACAAGCAUGGUCUUUUCUUUGGACGCCCCACUUUACUGCUGUUCUGCAGGAUGUCAGAAAAAUCAUCACACACUCAGUUGCAAGCUGGAUUAUCCGUUCCUGGUAUUUUCGUUUUUAAAUUAGCCUCGUUUGGAUAGAAAGUCUGAUCUGGAUGUUUCUAUUGCAACUUGUGAGGCAUCUCCGCAGGCCGGAACGGGAGACGUUUGCUUUAAUCCUUUCCAGACUUUAUUCCUUGGUGAGUUUUCUAAACAGUAAAAAACUUCAGUGACAUAGUACCCGGUCUGAAUAAACGGGCAUUUUAUUCAUUUUUUGGCCUCCUAAUCGCUUCAAGUCUGGGUUUUAAGCUGGACCUGUGGUUCUGAUGCUUUUGUACAUUUUAACUAAUAGAAUAAGAGGCGCCACAGAUCAGUAAUUGUGCUUUAAAAAAAUCUGUUAAUGUUCGAUAAUCCAGUUCUAUUUCCAAACCUGUUCAAGGUGCCGUUAUUUGAUGAAUUCUGAAACAUACAAAUAAUCAAACCCAACUUCUCUACAAGUUAACGUAAAUGAAAAUUCGGUAAAGAAAAAGGUGUCAGCGCCGUGUGCUCAGGUUUUAUUUUAAAUGCCCAGGUAAUAAAGGACAUCUUCAGUGCCUGGGUUGGUGGUCCUGCAGAAAGGUGAGGUUAUUCCACCAGUAGGUGGAGCCGUAGAGUCAGGAUGAAGUGGCACUGAGGGACCUCUGCAGUCUGCUCAUGUAGGAUUUCACCCAGAAAGAAAAGAAAGGCUGCAAAGUUAAGCAGAGUCAUGGACUAAGCCUUAGGAUGGCUCCAACGCAAUAAACCUAAAGAACAAACUCAGAUUUCUCUUCUGCUCCAGCUUGUUUCUAGAGUCUCUGCUGAUUUAAGAGAUGCCCUGAGAACAGCAUGAAUGUCUCCCUGGCUCGUUUAAACCUCAGCUUCUGUAAAUUUCUAGCUCUGUGACUGGAAUGUACUUGGUGCCAUUAUUUAGUGAGAUAAAUCCCCGCUCUUCAGACCUCCCACAGAUCUUAUCGGCCACUUAGUAUUGUAGGCGUAGAGUUGUUAGUCGUCCAUCCUCCAACAGACCUUUGUUUUAGCGCAGCUUUAAAUACAGCAUCCGCCUCCGCAGCUGAACCACUCCAGUGUAGAAAAAGCCCCCCCCCCCCCCUCCCCGGCCCCCCUGCUGGGGUCCUCCGCUCUGCUCCGUUUCCUCCGGACGCGUGGAGCAGCCGCAGAGAGUUCAGCUCCUCCUCCGCUCAUUGAACAGAUCACCGUAUGUUUCUUUAAAAGUGCCUUAGACACUAGAUAAGAACAUAAACAGGCAGCGAGUUCUUUCCACACAAAAAGGAUGAAAGCGUUGAGAAAAUGCUAAACACAGCUCUCUUGUGUUUUUUGCUGUGCUUUGAAUCAUAUCACGGUACCAUUGUUCAUUAUAACCUAGUGUUGUGUCGACGCCAGUAUCAACCAACACGAGAAGCGAACUCUGCCUGUUCUCGGAUGUUCUCCCCCGUCGGCCCUCAGACGGAGGUUUGUUACUUCUGUCGGUCGGAGAAGCGGGACGCUGCGCAGGAUUUCCUUUGGUUGGAAGCUUUAACAUCCACCUGUAGUUGACUUCUUAUUUCUCUUUCUAUUAUUAUUCAGUUCAUUCAACUGCAAAUACUCCCAUCAUGUUUCUUCUUGUUCUUAUCCCUAUUUCUAGAUGGUAAUUUUGCCCCCUUUCUGUUUGGUUUUGUAAAAGGAAAAUAAAGCAUAUUCAUUGUAA